AUGCAGUCCUCGAGCUCAUCCUAUUCCGGUGGCAUGAGCAGCAGCAGCGGCGUAGGCACAGGAGGCUCAAUGUUUGCACAAGGCGGUGGUGGCGGUGGUGGUGGCAUGAGCAGUAGCAGCGGCGUAGGCUCAGGAGGCUCAAUGUUUGCACAAGGCGGUGGUGGCGGUGGUGGUGGAGGGGCUGGCGGCACGUAUGGGGUGCCUGGCGGCAUCAGCGGGGGGUCGCUCUCCGCUUUCGGCGCGGGUGGUGGAAUGUCCCAGCUGGGCAUGGGCCACGGCACCGUGGUUGGUGGCCAACUCAUGGGGCCCUCCGGCGGCGGUGGCGUGUACAUGGGUCCCACGGGCGGCAUGUACAUGGGUCCCACCGGCGGCAUGUACAUGGGGCCGGGGGGUGUGAGCGGCCCGGCCGGCUUUCCCAGCAGCCCAGCUUUCAGCAUCGGCAGAGCCAUCACUCAGGGUGGGUUCCACAGCACGGUGAAUAACCUGAUGAAGACCCUUCCGCCCAUGGUCAACCGCCUCACCGAGAAGGGCAUCCUGAACAACCUCAACACGCGCCUGGUGGGCUACGUGGAGAAGGUGCGCCAGCUGACCAUCGAGAACGCGAUGCUCGAGGCGCAGCUCAAGGCCAUGACCGGCAGCAGUCCCCGUGAUGCCAGACCCCUCCAUCACGGUGGACAACUACGAGGUGACCGUCACCGAGAUGCUCAAGAAUAUCAACGUGUUCACCAUGGAGCGCGUCCACCUGGAGAUCGAGGUGGACAACCUGAGGGUCGCCGCCGAGGAGAUCAAGUCGAAGUCGGUGGUGGCUCCCAGGUGUGCAGCUCGCUGGCGCAACUGGGCCAGGUCCCAACGAGCCGGAGGGGGUAUGAAUUUGAGGCUGGCGUGAAAUUCCAACUGGAAACGGACAUCAGCAACAUGAAACGGGACCUUGACGCUGCCCAGGAAAUGAAGAGCGACCUGACGAGCAAGUACUCCAUUCUGCAGGAAGACUUGACCUUCCACAACACGAUUCACAAAGAAGAAAUGGUGAAACUGUCGGCCAAGUUCGGCAAGUACGCGACCACACACAGCAGCAUGAUCGAGGUGGACAGCGGCAAGUCCAUCAACUUGAUGGAUGCGCUGAGCACGCUUCGUAACGAAUACGAGACGGCGGCGCAGCGCAACCGCGAAGAGGCGGACGCUUACUGCACCAGCAAGAUUGAGCAAAUUCAGCAGCAAACAACACAGACGAGCGAGCAACUCACGACCAUAACGACAGACAUGACGACGCUGCAGAACGAAAUCGAAGACUUAAGUGUGGAAUAUCACAAGCUCAUCAAUGUGAACCAAACGCUGCAGUCGACACUGCAGGAGUACCAGUUUCACUCCACCACGAGCGUCACGGACGUGCAGAACCUCAUCGUAUCACUCGAGCAGGAGAUCGAGGCGUCGCACGUGGCGCUCCAGAACCAGCUCGUCAACUACCAGGAGCUGCUGGACGUCAAGACGGCGCUCGACACCGAGAUCCAGACCUACCGGCGCUUGCUGGAGGGCGAGGAGGCCAUGCUCCUAAAUGUCGGGUCCGACAAGAGCAUGAGCGCGGGCUCCACCGUUCUUUCAAGCGGGGCAAGCACCACCUUCAUCUCUGGCGGCGGCGGAGGAGCAAUCUUUUCCAGCAAGUCGGCAACGAUACCUUCACCAGCGCUGCUGACGGGUGGCGGAGGAGUGACCGCCGUCGCCGGCGGUGGCGGCACCGUUCUUGCUAGCGGAGGCGGCGGCGGCGGCGUUGCCAUGCUUGCUGGUGGCACUGGUGCCGUUGUCGCUGGCGCAGGUGGCGUUGGUGGCACGACUGUCAUCUCUGGUGGCGAAGUCACCUCGAGCAGCAGCAGCAGCAUGAGCAUGAGCAGCAGCCAGCAGCAGCAGCAGCAGCAGGUCGUCACCGGCAUGACCGUGAUCGAGGGUGGCACUGCCAUGCUCGCAGGCGGCACCGUCGGUGAGGGAGGAAUGGUGAUGGCUGGUGCCGAUGGAAGAGGGCAGCAACCAUGA